AUGGCUCUCGCGAGCGCGCGCGCGGUGCGCGUGCGGUCCACGCGCGCGUGUCGUCGCUCGACGAACGCGUCGCGCGGCGGCGCCGUCGCGCGAUCCGCCGCGCCGCCGUCCACGGGCCUCGUCCUGGACGUCUUCGACCACGCGCUCGUGCGAGACGGGGCGCGGAAGAUGCGUGAGAUCAACCCCGAGGCGUUCGCGAACGAGCCGGAUUGGGUCUUGGAGUGGUUUCUGCGCGAUCGAAAGCUGGACGCGGAUAAGGCGAGCGAAAAGUGCGCCAAGUACGUCGCGUGGCGAUCGAACGACGGCUACGACCGCGUCGAACUCGAACGAUCGAGCGAGGUGGACGAAGAGGCGGCGACUGGAAAGGCGGUGUUGCUCGAUGAGACGGACGCGAUGGAUCGACCGGUGAUUUACGUGACGCUCACCAAGCACGAGGUGGAGACGCGAGAGUUGGCGCGCACGUGCAAGCUGUGCGUUCGACUCGUCGAUGAGGCGCUCGAGCGCGAGCGGGCGAAAGGAGCUGGAUCGUCUGAGACGAUGAUGUGCGUCUUCGAUCUCCGUGGGUUCACGAUGAAGAACGCCGAUAUCGACUUUGUCAAGUUUUUCAUCAAGUGCAUCUUCGACUACUUCCCGAAGAGAAUUUCUCAGGUUUUGCUCAUCGAACCCCCGUGGGUGUUCACCCCGGUGUGGCAGAUCAUCAAGCCUCUGAUGGGGAAGUACGCGGCGCUGGUGAAGCAGGUCAAGGCGAGCGAGGCCAAGGCGUACUUCAAGGAGGGAUCGAGCGUCUUUUAG